AUGCAGUCAAAACCUCAAUGGAAAACUGACAUAAGACCUUUAAAUCUUGCCAAACUUGAAGAGGCUGUAAGUGAUCUGAAACAAGGAAGGCGAUGGGAUAUCAUCACCUGGCAACUGCCCAGUUUACCGAAUCAGCCUAAAACUCUACAUGAUGAACAUGUUUCCACAGAAGAUAAUAGCAAAAGAGAAGGUAACCGUCAAUUCAACGAAGCCGAUGAAGAGGAUAUCUUGAGAGAGGGUGAAGAUAUUCAACUUUCUAUAACACCAUAUCCUCCACAGCUAAUGCCAGUUUUCAUACCUACAUCACUAGAAGACGGUUAUGCUCGCCUAACUUUGAUAUCGAAUUCAUCCGCUCGAUUUUUUGUACGUAUCUGUGAUCACAUUGUUGCUUUUCAAAAUUAUUCACCCAAUAAUCCGAAUGUAACGUUGUCAGAAAUGUUACUACGUGGUAUUAAACGUCAUCGUCAGCAAGCGGCUGCCUUGGAAGCUGUGCCUGAAUCACCGACAACAUCAUCACCGGAAUCUCCACUACCCACGAUAUAUGGUUUACCGUCGAAUUGGCCUACAAAGGUUGAUUUGAGACAAUCGUUGAAUUCAAGGGAAUUUCUGCAGAGGAUGCUUCUAACAACACCUCUUAUAAGUCCAGUCAUUACUCAACGAUUGGCUCCUGUCAGCUGCCCAGAUUUAGUCGCUCACUUAGAGCUGAUUCAUCGCACUUGCCGUCGAAGAUGGGCUAUAAAAAGAAUUGAGGAGAGUUUAUCUGAUUCUCAGUUGCAGUUAAAUACAGAAUACACGGGUCGUUUACAUGUUCUUAAAGAGCUGGGGUUUAUUGAUUCUGCUACACAAACCGGUUGUCUCAGUUUGAAAGGUCGAAUUGCCUGUGAACUUACAAAAAUGGAAGUCUUAGUAACUCAGUUACUGCUUGAUGGUUCAUUCACGGACCUUUCACCACCGGACCUUGCUGCUGUUUUGUCUUGCUUUGUAUUUGAUGCACGCGGCUCUGAUAUGAAUGCAGAACAACAACAAGAUGCUCAGUAUUUGCAAAGUCUUCUUGACUCUUUACGUUAUUCUGUUGAUUCUAGUCAAAAUGUCAGUUAUGCUAGUUCGUACAGCAACCCAAUUGUUACCUACCCUCCGCAUCUUGUACCAACAUUGGAAAAAAUUGUAUUAUCUGCUAUAAAGCUUGAAGAAUUACAAACUAAACACGGUCUUGCCGACCCAUCAACUGAUGCACGAGUAUCUUUUCAAGUUGUGAAUGCUGUCUAUGGUUGGGCUCAAGGUUAUUCAUUCUCAUCGCUGGUAUCUAUGACCAGCGUUCCUGAAGGACAUUUAAUCCGUGGUUUUCUUCAACUCGAUGAAUUGCUCCGUCAUAUAUGCAGUGCUUGUCAUCACCUUGGUGACAAAAAUCUAAGCUUACGAAUGACAGAAGCGAGAAAUGCAAUAUUACGCGAUCUUGUUUGUGCACCAAGUUUGUAUGUUGCUGAUGACCUUUUAUAA